AUGGUGGAAAAUAAUCCAAGGACUUGGCACGAGUUACUCUCUGAGGCCUUAUGGGCCUACAGAACUUUAAAGAAGGAAGCUACCAAUAUAACCCCUUAUAUGUUGGUAUAUGGACAUGAUCCAGUCCUACCAAUGGAGGUGGCGGUGAAAUCAGCAAGGAUAGCAGAUCAACAUGGCCUCACUCCUACAGUUAGGCUCGCAGCCCUUAACCACAUGUUGGUUCAGAAAAGAAGAGUUGCUAGAUCUUAUGACAAGCGUGUGAGAAAAAAGAGCUUUUCUGAAGGUGAUUUGGUCUGGAAAGCCGUAUUUCCUUUAGGAGAAAAGAAUUCAAGAUAUGGCAAGUGGUCCCAGACCUGGGAAGGUCCCUACCAGAUCGCUCAAGUCCUUAGCGGUAACGUGUAUCUUUUUAUGGACUUAAAUGGUGGUUUGUUUAAGCAUUUAACAAAUGGAAAGUACUUAAAGCGUCAUUAUCUUACUAUGUGGGAGAUGAGAGAUUUUGGGGAAAAUCAAUCUAGGUAA